UGGAUAGUGGAUAGUCCGACGACAGCCAUCGGCUAGGUUCAGAACGGUUCAGGUUAUUCGACGUACGCUUCAUUUUUUAUUUAGAUAAAUGUGUGCUGUCGUGCUGUCAGUGUCGUGGUUAAGAAUUUUAUAAUCUGCGGAGGAAAUAACGUUUAAUAUCUCUGUAAUGAAUGUGUUUAUGAAUGAUUAUCGUGUCUGGUGAAAAAACAAACACAGUCGACAAUUUGUCGAGCUAACCAUGAAUCUUCAAACGUUAUUUCAAGACUUCAAUCCGGGCAAGUUCCUGGUACAUUGCUGCCUGAUGGUAUUUACGGUGCUAUUUGCCUUAAGAUUGGACAAGAUCAUAGAAUGGAGUUACUGGUCUGUUUUUAGCCCCAUAUGGUUUUGGAAAAGCAUGGUAAUUUUGGGGGCCACUAUCGGGAGCUAUGUAUGGUGGAGGCAUCCCCAUGCAAGGCUGGAAGGCGAGGCCUAUGUACACUAUAAAGCGAUGCUAAUCACCUUGGCGCUACACCUUAUUUUAUUAAUGUUUGAAUUACUUGUCUGUGACAAACUAGAAUCACGAAGACAUCUGUGGAUUUUAGUUUUCAUACCACUGAUAUUUAUAUCCAUCGUAUCGAUAGCUGUAUGCAUCUGGGCCGUAAAACACGAUCGCUCUUUUGAGCUAGAGCUAUUCUGCGCAGUGAAUGUACUGCAGUUUAUAUUUCUUGCCUUAAAAUUGGAUGGUUUCAUUUCCUGGACUUGGGAAGUUGUAUUCGUACCAUUGUGGGCGUUAUUAUGUUUGUCGCUAGUCGCAGUCUUGUAUGCGAUAGUUUUUGCUGCAGUAUUGCUCAGGACACCACAAAUAAAUGCAAGGCAAAGGCGGACUUCCCUAAACUCUGCCCUUGGGUACACUUUUCUCGUAGUUCCCAUUUUAGUGUUUCAGGUGCUAUUAGCUAACAAAUUAGAUGGUGAUAUUUCAUUGAAUUACACAACUGUAGCUACGCCAUUGCUAAUUUCUCAUACCACGCUUAUAUUCAUGUCUUUUGGAGCCAAAGGUGGAAACAGAUGGUGGUUCGGAAUUAGAAAAGAUUUCUGUCACUUCCUUUUGGGAUUAUGUCCGUUACUUCAAGAGUACGGAAACAUUUCUUAUCAACCAAGAAGCGAACUUGAUCAGCCACCUUCAGAGCUGAUGGUUUCUGAAAAGAAUCAAAAACGUUUCAAAAAAGUUGACUUAACCAAGCCUGUAGUGCCUGUCGAAUCGAUAGACAUGCCUGACUGAUUUAACAAUCGAAGGUGCUUGCAAAACGACUAUACUUUGACUUAUUUAAUGACUGAUUUGCAAAUCGGCAUCACAACCGCCUGAUAUAAUUACUUACGAUGCAAAAAAUAUCAGUUGUGCGGCUCGGAUACCCAGAUUGAUGGAACAGAACAAAUAUAAUAGUCAUUUAAACUUUACUAAUAUCAGAGUAAAUCUAGAACCUUUGUUACAGUUUUUAAACUUUAGCAUAUCGAGCGCUACAGCUUUGAUUUGUUAUCAUUGCAUAGAUUAAAGUUGAGCAGUAAUUUAAUGAAUUUAGUUUCUUAUCACUUGCAUUGUACAUUGAACUAUGAUAUGAUUCAACUUUUUUGUGAAAAUUAUUAGAACUAUUAUUUUAUGAGUUAUUGUCGAACAAAUUCUAGUUCCUUGAUCAAAUAACAACUGGUUCUUAGGUUAUAACGCUACCCAUUUAUAUUAGCUGCAACGUACCAAGUGGACGAUGAUAAGCAUAAACAUCUCAACCAACAAUAAAAUAAGAAAAACAAAAAAAUUCCAGUUUAUUGGAAAGUAUAAAGCGCGACCCGCAUAAUAAGUAUAUAUUAUAUCAAUCACACAAUUUUUCCAAAAUCGUUCGUUACGACAUUAUUGCUUAUUGUUGGUGCCGUCCACGUAUCAGUCAAAUCAUAGUAAGUAUCAAACGUUACUCUACUCCAAUAUUUAUCACAAUGAAUAUGCAAACCGAACAAAAUUUAAAGAUAAUUUGAUUUCAAUCUAGACAUUAAUGAAGUCAUACAAUGAUGAUUCAGUUUAGAAUCUCAUCAAGCCGAGUUAUCAACUCUGAUGAUAACAGGUAAAAUUUUAGCUGUCAAGCGUUGACGAUUAAUAAAUAUGAAUCAGGUCGAUGAGAAAUCUAGCAUCUGACAAGCGUCACUGUGUUUUUUUGUUUUGCCUCAAUACGCUGCAGCGCAUUCAGUCUGCUAGAAUAUUUUUUGUGUCUAAAUAUUUUGGUCAUAAGUUCUUUAAACGCAAUAUAUAUAUUUUAGUGAAUUGCUGUUAAUCUGCCGGUGAAAGAUAGGCCUGUACUAGUAAGUAAUUAACCACUUUGAAUAACCUUGACGUGUGUCAAUUUCUAAAAGAUUUGCCAACUUGUUGACUUGAUAUGGAGUAAGGGGAUUGGAUAAAAGACUGAGUGCCUCGCAUCUUUAGCAUAGUAUUAAAUUGUGACAAAAUCGGAAUGAGAUUGAAAUUCACGAUAAAAUAAUGAUUCUAAAUGGGUCGUUGUUAACGUUACUAUAAAAUAGUAGCAUUAUGCGCCCGUAAUCAUUCGUUACAUCAUGCUUAGAAGUAAUGUGCAUUGUUGUAUUAAAAUAAUAUUGUAUAAUACAUAUUAUUAUCAUUAUUAUCAUUAUUAUUAAUUAUUAUUAAUUAUUAAUAUUAUUAUUAUUGUGUUAUAUGUAGUAUAUUUACAAUAUUAUACAUUAUUCAUAUUUGCCAAUAUUACGAUCAUAUAAUUAUUAAAAUUAUCCGAUUUUAUAUAAUACAUGACGCGUAACAAAAAUUAUAAUCCAAUAAAGUUUAUAUUUUUUUGUACGACGUUAAUAUUGAAAAAUAGACUUGUGACUCACAGUAUGCAAGACGCA